CACAGGGUGUGAUUGCCAGCAGCAAUUGGAGGGAGUCGGUGGGGGCUUCCGGACUCAAUGGGCUCAGAGAUGCCUUGAUGGAGUAUGGGCCAGGUUUUAGGAUUUUCCCAUUGCCAGGAAUAUGGUUCUGUGGCAUCCACUCCAGACUCAACGCCCCCAUGCACCGAUGGUGGAAACGAGGAGUCUGAGAUCUUUGAGCUGCAAACAGCCAGGGAGUGGUCCGACGAUGAAGAGGGUGGUGGGUAUGGAGAUCCAGAUGAUGAUGAUGGGCUGGCUUCAUCCCCGUCCAUCUGGGGAACACCGCGUCAGAACUCUUAUGAGCUGACUUUCUCUUACAUCGCCAUCGCCGAGGCCGAGGCAGUGGGAGCCUCACGACACCUGCGUGACCGCCGCCGGGCCGGCUCUCGGGGAAGCCGCACUCCUUUGUUUCGCACAGACACACUGGAAACAUUGUUGGACUCGCCUGAUGUAGACUGGGACCCGCAGGCUUUCCUCGGUCAAGAGGAUGAAGACGAACCGUCAGAGAGGAGGGAGGAGGAAGAGGAUGAUGAGGAGGAGGAGGAGGCGAGGACAGCAGGUGAAGCUGGACAAAGGGACGGAGACCAGGACACACAAACUCAGACUGUUACAAUGCAGGACUCUUCCCAAAAUCUGGACCUAGAAACUCAGGUGAUCCAAAGAGAGGAGAGAACGAUCCAGACUGUCCCGCCUCCUGCUCCAUCCCUGUCCUCUCAGCAGCAGAGACCCAUACAGCUACAUGAGGUUUCACCGACCCUCGAGUCGAAGUCUCCUGUCGUUAGGGAAACCAUCUCAGUCAGGCUGCUCACGUCUGUGCGACCCAAAGGCCCAGCGCCCACGUCUCCAGCCGAUAUUGGUCUAAACUCUCAGGAACAGCUGGUCAGCGAUCACUGGUUUUCAGCGCUCAACCUAUCAGAGGACGCGACAGUAUGCAGCCACAUAGCAGUGACGGACCUGAUCUACUGGAAGGACACGGAGCGAACAGGUAUGGUGCUCACUGGGCUGGUGGUGUCCCUGCUGACCCUGUUCCAGCUCAGCAUCAUCACUGUAGUCUCCACAAUCUCCCUGGCUGUCGUUUGUGUCACCAUCUCCGUUCGCAUCUACUAUCAAGUCCUCCAUGCCCUCAAAUGGGGUGAUGGAGAGCAUCCCUUCAAGACAUACUUUGACAUGGACAUUAGUUUCAGUGGAGAACAGGCUGAACUCUACACGCAGAAAGCCAUCGUUAUGGCUUUGUCCACUGUCGACACUCUGAAGAGACUCUUUUUUGUUGGAAACCUCUUUGAUUCCCUCAAGUUCCUGGUCCUGAUGUACGUCUUUACUUACCUGGGAGCGCUGUGCAAUGGCCUUACUCUGUUCAUCAUCAGUGUGAUUGCUCUCUUUUCUCUGCCACUUUUCUACAGACAGCACCAGGAGAAAGUGGACGCUGUCUUUGCAAAAAUCCAGGCCCACAUUGACAACAUUAAGGACAUCUUUGUAAGACUUGCCCAUGGUGGUGGCCCUCCUCCUGACCCAACUCCCGGUGGCGCCAAACCCAAAAUCCAGUAAACACUCAUGAACAAGAACUUGAACACAAGCUCCCCGUGUUACAGGCUGUCACUCAGAUGUCUUACCCAGCAGUCUGUGCCGAGAACAGAGCCACCGAGACUGGGGAAGGGAUGUUACGUAAAAGGACGAUGACAAGCAUGGCAUUUUAUACUCUUAACUAUCUAAGUUAUUGGGCCAGGUGGUUGGGGAGGGGAUUUAUCUUAAUCAAGGCGAAAACAAGGUGUAUAAAUCCUGGAUGAGACUUUUGAAGCUGAUGUCAGAGGUGGAAGGAAUCAGCCAUUCACCUCAUCCUUUGUGACCAUCUUUGGAAAUAUUGUUUUUAAAUUGUAAAAAAUUAUUAAGAAGUGUCUUAGAUUGAGCUUUAGUCCAAAUGAGGUACUGCGACCAGAAGUGGGAAGUUCCCACACUGACAGCUACACACCUGAGCAAAGGGACGUCAGUUUUUAAGGUGUUUUAUGCUCGAGGACAAAAAAAAACCAGAGGUCAUCCGUCAUUAAUCAUGGCAGCAUAAAACUGGCAGAUAAGAAUGCAUGUGUCGGCACAUGUACGUUUCUGAAUGCAUAUCCAUUCUCAUGACAGUUUAUCAGUGUGUAUGUAAGAAUGAGUGUUUGUUUGUGUGUGUGCGUGUGUGUAAUUCCUGACAUAUCGCUUGCUCAAAUAUUACCUACAAGCAAUUAAAUUAAAACUCACAUUUCUUCUUUAUUUUACAAAGAUUUUUCUCUCACUUUCUUGUCAUCAUACACAGACAUCCACCUUCAUUCACACCAGCAUUGGUCAUUGCAUCUACUAAGGAACACGCAUUCAUGUAAAUGGAAAGUUAAAACAUCGUAUUACAGGGGAAUGUGUGUAAAAUAUGCUUCGCAGUGACCUUUGGCCUACAAAACAGUUACUGCAAUCCCAAUUCAAAAUACUGCAAUAUAUCUGGAUCAUGUCAACACAGCUGUAAUUCAAUCCCACCCUCUUUUUUUCAUCCAUCGAUCCAUCUUCUACCAUUUUAUCCUCCACAUGAGGGUCGUAGGGGGCGCUGGUGCCAAUUCCAGCUGACAUACUGCUUAUUUUUAUAAUUGAACCUAUUUAGUAAAUUGACAAAGUAACGUUUAAAAGUGAAAGUGUGACCACUAUCACAUAGUAUUGUUCUGUAAAGGUUGUAUGAAGGUUGUAGAAAAGUAACAUCAGCGGAACGUUCUCUAAAGGUUUGUGGGAACCUUUAGAGAACAAUCUCUGAUUUGGACAACGUUCUCUUUAGGUUGUAUGAAGGUUGUAGCAAAGUAACAUUCUGCGAACCAAAAACUAACAUUAGGGGAACAUGGCAACCACAGGAGAACCUAGGAGGGAACCUUCAGGGAUUGUUCCCGCAUCCAAAAGGUAAUGUUCCCAGAACGUUCUAGGAACCAAAUAUUGUUAGCUGGGGGACAUUAUUUAUGUUAAAUAUCGACCAACAACGUGAAAGAGACAGACAGUGAAGCCAAUAUUUACAUUUUUCCAUUUCGUUCAUCUCUGAUGAUGCAUCAUAGUUGUUUUAUGACUUAAAAAAAAAUAUUGCUUACAUUUAGCACCUUUAUGUGAGUUCUUUCAACAUUUUUGAAACGCGAGAUGCACGAUAAAGAUUACUUGACAGAAGUUCAUUGGCAGACUGACGGAGUGCCAGGAGUGUAGGUGCUGCUGAGCAGGAGUUCAUUUGUCAGAUUGAUUGUUUAUCUCCUGCCCUGGAGGAGGAAGCAAGAAAACAGCAGGUGCCUUUUUAAACUGCAGGUUAUUGUGCGUGAUCUUACAGCUGCUGACCCUCGCUUACAGCAACCCCUCAUGUUUACAUGAACCAUUGCCUCCCUGAGAAUGGGCUUUUGUAUCUCUACAAUACUUGUGUGAAUGUACAUGUGCACCAUGACAAGUUAACUUAUGCAGCAUUGUGUAACGAGUCAAAUAAAUUUUAGGAUUAAUGAAAUUAUUCAGGAUACUCUUUUCCCUUUAGCAGAUGCUUUUUUACCUUCUUCUUUUUUUGACAGAAACUGCCAAAAUUCAUAAUGAAUUAAUUGGAAGAAAAAGCAUUUUAUAUGUUGUUAUUCAUUUUCUUAACUUAAUUUGUAAUUUUGGCUGUUUCUGUGUCUGUUCUGUCAUUUGCUCAUGGUUGGUAACAUCCUAACGUGUAACAUAAUGGACAUGCACUGCUUUUCUGAUUGUUUUCUCACUAUCUUUUUCUUCCACCUUCAGCAAAGUGAAUGCGACACUAAUGAAAUUAGCAGGGACUCAUUCCCUCAUCUGUCCUCACAGCUUGACACACAAAGGAAGUUCAUUUUCUCACAACUGUCUUGUGCAAUUAUGUUUAAACACAAACUGGUGUGUGUGUUAAUCAAACACAUCACUUUCGUAAAACUGUGUCGCGAAAUUCGGAUCAUUAAGUUUCUAUGUUUGCUCUGUGAAGAAAAUCAAAUUGUAACAGACGUGUGGAAUCAGUCCAAAUCAUUAAACCCAUUUAUAGCGGUAA